AUGCUAGGUUUCUCCUUGAACCCCGUGGUCCGACCCAACUAUCUGUCCAUCGGCCUCAACGUGAGUGCAUGCUGGGCUGACGAUGUGACAGCCACCGCUAAUGAAUUUACGCUUUUCAACUACGUGCACUCAGAUAUACGGAUGGAUGACAACGUGAAAGGACCCGCCUACAAUGAUACCAGACCGGCGCAACUCCAUAACCUUGGUCUUUCCUUACUUGGUCGCUUCCAAAGUCAAGGCGAACUUGAAGUCGCGUAUCUGGACUACGCGGUCUUGAUGCUGAAUAUCGCCGUUGAGCUCACGCCUACGAAGCACCCUGAUAAGCCUCAGAUAUUGCAUAAUCUCGGUGUGGCUCUGGGAACUCGCUUUCAAAGGCUUGGGGAGCUCCCUGAUAUCGAGCGGGCAAUCGCCGCCUACGCACAUGCAGUCGAGCUCACGCCCAAAGGCAACCCUCCUCAACCGACAUUACUCCAUUGUCUUAGCAUAGCCCUCCGUGAUCGCUUUCUGAACCUCGGAGAUCACAGGGAUCUCGAGGAGUCGACUGCAGUCAUACAACGAGCUAUAGAGCUUACGCCGGACGGGCAUCCUGAAAAGGUCGGACGCAUGUGCGGUCUCGGUUGUUCUCUGCACGAUCGCUUUCGUUACCUCGGAGAGCUCAAGGAUCUCGAGCAAUCUAUUGCAGUCGUGCAACGAGCUAUAGAGCUCACGCCGGAAGGGCAUCCUGAAAAAGCGGGACAACUGCACAGUCUCGGUUGUGCUCUGAACGCUCGCUUUUGGAACCUCGGAGAGCUCAGGGAUCUCGAGGAGUCGAUUGCAGUCAUGCAACGAGCUCUAGAGCUCACGCCGGAAGGGCAUCCUGAAAAGGCUGGACGCAUGCACCGUCUCGGUCGUGCUCUGAAUGACCGCUUUCGGAACCUCGGAGAGCUGAGUGAUCUCGAGCAGUCGAUUGCAGUCUCGCAACGAGCUAUAGAGCUUACGCCGGACGGGCAUCCUGAAAAGGUCGGACGCAUGUGCGGUCUCGGUUGUUCUCUGAACGCUCGCUUUUGGAACCUCGGAGAGCUCAGGGAUCUCGAGGAGUCGAUUGCAGUCAUGCAACGAGCUCUAGAGCUCACGCCGGAAGGGCAUCCUGAAAAGGCUGGACGCAUGCACCGUCUCGGUUGUGCUCUGAAUGAUCGCUUUCGGAACCUCGGAGAGCUCAGAGACCUCGAGCAGUCGAUUGCAGUCAUGCAACGAGCUCUAGAGCUCACGCCGGAAGGGCAUCCUGAAAAGGCCGGACACCUGCACAAUCUCGGCUGUGCUCUGCGUGACCGCUUUGGGAACCUCGGAGAGCUCCGGGAUCUCGAGCAAUCUAUUGCAGUCAUGCAACGAGUCAUAGAGCUCACACCGGAAGGGCAUCCUGAAAAGGCUAGACAACUGCACAAUCUCGGUUGUCUCCUGAACGAUCGCUUUCGGAACCUCGGAGAGCCCAGGGAUCUCGAGCAAUCAAUUGCAGUCAUGCAACGAGCUAUAGAGCUCACGCCGGACGGGCAUCCUGAAAAGGCUGCACGCCUGCACGCUCUAGGUUGUCUCCUGCACGAUCACUUUUGUUACCUCGGAGAGCUCGGGGAUCUUGAGGAGUCGAUUAUAAUCGCGCAGCGAGCUAUAAAGCUCACGCCGGAAGGACAUCCUACAAAGGCUAGACAACUAUACAAUCUCGGUUUGUCUCUGAACAAGCGCUAUCGAAGCCUCGGGGAGGUCAGGGAUCUCGAAGAGUCGAUUGCACUUGCGCAACGAGCCAUGGAGCUCACGCCGAAAGGGCAUCCCGAUGAAGUCUGGCGCAACAUCUCCCUUGUGCACUCGUAUACGGAGAGAUUUAAGCGGGAUCCAAACAGGGUGAAUUUUGACGCUACUCUGAGCCGUUUCGCUGAAGCGACUACACGAUCUACGGGUAGCGUCUCUAUGCGCUGGGAUUCGGCGCAGAGGUGUAUCCGGUUUCUCCUCGACGAUUGCGGGGAGUUCGGCUCUGCUGAUUUAUUGCUGCUCGCACAUUCGCGCGCGUUGGACCUCCUUCCUGCAAUUGUAUGGCUUGGACACGGCCUCGAGAGACGAUAUCAUGAAUGCGCUAAGAUCGGUAGUGCCGUCAGUGAUGCGGUACACACUGCCGUGUUGAAUGAUGCCUUGCCUCACGCGAUCGGGUGGCUAGAGGCUGGGAGAGCCUUCGUCUGGUUCCAGUUACUUUCGUUGAGGAUGCCCAUAGAUGAUCUGAAGGAACAGCAUCCCGAUCUUGCGGAGAGCCUGGAGAGAGUGUCAAAGAAACUGCGACACUCGGGAAACCCGUCAUCACAUGACUUAGCGACUAGUGCCCCGACGUUGGGCUACAGUACUGAUGCAGCGGCGGAUAGACAUCGUUGGCUUGCGAUACAGUACGACGAGACAUUAUGUGGCAUUCGUCGAUGUUCAGGGUUCGAAGACUUCAUGCGCUCGCCAAAACUCGACGGUUUACUCCCUGCACUUGAACUCACCGACGGGCCCGUAGUCUUCAUAAAUGUGAACCCGCUCUCAUGCGAUGCUGUGGUCCUCUGUUCGGACGGAACUAUCAGCCGCAUUGCACUCCCACAGCUGACAGAGCGCCGUGCUCAGCAUCUGCGGGCACUCUGGACGCGUCAACUCGGAAUAGCUCAUACGCGCGUGCGUAGGGCGAUGGCGCCAGAAUGGUUCACCGCACGCGGCACCAUGAGUAUAUUCUGUCGGAUCCUCGAGCGUUUAUGGACCUGCGUUGUGCAGCCAAUCCUGGAACGUCUGAAUCUCAUAAAACAAGCUCCGAGCAAGGUAUCGCACAUAACGUGGUGCCCGACGGGUCCACUCACUCAGCUUCCUCUUCAUGCUGCCGGCAUCUAUGACACAGAGCAAAAGUACAGACCGCACACCUACGACUUCGUGGCAUCGUCGUAUACCCCAUCCUUGUCCGUGAUCCUCCAGAACAGCUACAGUGGUCGGAAAGAUCAAGUAGCUCCCCAGCCGAACCUCCUCUUGAUCGCACAACCGGACACGCCAGGGCUGAGCUGUCUUCCUGGCACGAUACAGGAAUGCGCUCGUAUUCGCAGGGUGCUCCCCGACAUGACUCCCACGCUCUUAGUGCACGAGGGCGCCACCGUACAGCGCACGCUCAAUGUAAUGGCUCAGCAUCCCUGGGUCCAUCUCGCCUGCCACGGGAAACAGGACACGACGGACCCGACGAAGAGCGCUUUCGCUCUCUACGACGGUCCUUUGACGUUAUUGGCCCUCAUGAACACCGUCGCAGAUGACGCAGAGCUCGCGUUCCUAUCCGCAUGUCAGACAGCCGUCGGCGAUGAGAAGAUACCAGAAGAGUCGGCGCACCUCGCGGCCGGGAUGUUGGUGGUCGGGUUUAAGGGCGUCAUCGCGACGAUGUGGUCGAUCGGGGACGAGGACGCGCCUGUCGUAGCGGAGGCGUACUACAAGAAGCUGAUCGAGCUUCGGAGCUCGGGCGCGGUCAAGGCCGGGACGGGUGCGGCGUAUGCGUUGCAUGAGGCGGUGAAAGCUCUGAGGGAGAAGGUCGGCGAGCAGAACGUUGUCAAGUGGGCUCCGUUCGUACAUUUCGGUGUCUGA